AAUGUCCUCCAGAGUCGACAGUCGUGUUCUGGUGUUGGAGCAGCAAGUGAAGAGUUUAUCAGAUGAAUUAAUGCAAUGCCAGGCAGACAAGGAGUUUGUGUGGUCCCUAUGGAAACGCCUCCAAGUGGCAAAUCCAGACUUGACCCAGGCUGUCAGUUUGGUGGUUGAGCGUGAGAAGCACAAAGCUGAGAUAAAGGACAGGAAAGUGCUGGAGAUCCUCCAGUCCAAAGACUACAAGAUACAGGAGCUGGAACAGAAAGUGACAGGGCAGCAGCAGGAGAUUAACAGUUUGGUGCAGAGGACGACGACGGUGGACGAGGAGCGUGCCUUAAUGAAGAAAGAGCUGACAGCUCUGCGGGAAAAACUGGUCAAUAAGAAUCAGGAACUUCAGGAAAUGAAGACGGAGUGUGGGAGGAAAGGGGAGGAGGAGCGGCAGGUGGUGCAGGCUCUGGAGGAGGAGAAAGAGGGAUUAACUUCCCGCUGCGCAGCCCUGCGAGCUGACCUGGAGGAGAAAGAGAGGCAGGCCAACAGCCAGCGAGACCAGAGAGACGCUGCCCAGGCCAGAGUCAAGGAGUUGGAGGAGGAGCUCCAUAACACCUGGCAGGAGUUGUCCAGCCUGCAGAGCUACAGUAGCAGUCUGGAAGGUCAGCUUUCCUCCAAAGAGAGGGAGGUGGCAACAAAAGAGGGGCAACUCAAUCAACUCCGUCGUGAGUUUGCAGAAGUGCAGACUCUGUACAGACAGAGCACAGAGCAUGCAGCAGAGCAGAGCCAUCUGAUCAAGCAACUGGAAGGACUCAACCUCGACACACAGAGAGUCCUGAGGAACCAAGAGGAGGCCCAUACUGCUGACACCACCUCCUAUCAGAGGCUGUACAAGGAGCUGAGUCAGUGCUACCAGGCCCUGGUGUCGAGUGAGGCCAACCUCCGUCAGAGUCACCAGGAGCUCAGCAGCCAGCUGGUUCAGAAAGACCAAGUCAUCCUGCAACUCCAGGCCCAGCUACAGCAGCUAAAACAGCAGGAGCAGGAGCAAAUACAACAGCUACAGGCUCAGCAGACAACCAUCUAUCUGUCACCCAACAGACAAACCAACUUUAAGUUGAUUACCCUGGCAGUUAACAAGGUCACGCCCAGAUGCCAGCUUUCUGAUAAUGCAAUCAGGACUCGUUGGAAAAAAGGUGAUGACAUCCUGUGUGGUUUUCUUCACUACGUGGCCUCCCAGAACUGCACAGUUGUGAAGGCCUGUGUUUGUCAAAAGGCGGUGGUGUCAGAGCAGGCUGAUGCUGCAGCUCAGAGGUCUAGCCCUAACUCUGACCAGGCCUCAACCCAAGGCUCAGAUCCCAGGCCAGAGGGCAGGACCCGUCAACGCAGAUCCACCAGUUCGGUCAGAAGACAGCAGGAUGCACCUGUGCAGCGGUCCAGGUCUCUGUCCCCAGCCAGCAGCGUGGAGCUGGGUGGUAGGAGGAGAAGAGGAGCAGAACAGAGGAUUCAAGACCUUGAGGAGCUGCUGCAACUGAAGAUGGAGGAGAAUGAAGAGCUAAGGAGGGCUCAUGAGAAACGCCGUGAACGCCUUUGUCUGAUUCAGACCAACUACAAGACAGUCAGAGACCAGCUGAAAGAGAUGGAGAAAUCACACGGCCUGCCAGGUGGGAGGAUGCAGCGUGCAGAGCCAUGGCAGCUGAGACAGGAGAACAGUGAUGCGGUGUGGAACGAGCUGGCCUACUUGAAAAACCUCACCAGAAAACUCUCCAUUGAAAAGGCUGGCGUGGAGGAACAGCUGGACCUGCUACGAGUCCAGGCUGCGAUGGACCGGGCCACGGUGAAGGAGCUCCACCUGUGUCUCGCUAAUGAACACCAAGAAUUGCUUCACAAAGUGGUAGAGGAGCGCCAGGUCAAAAGCAGCACUCCAAAAAAGCCUUCUGUUUCUUCAGAGCGAAUGGAGCAGUCAUUUAAAAAGAUUGAGCAGCUGGAGCGGAGGAUGAUGUCCCUGGAGGAGGAGACAGAGAGGCUGAGGGAGGAGAAAGAGCAGCUACUUGAGGCCAACGAAGACUUGGCCCUCAACUGCCACAGACUCCAGGCCUCCCUGGACCACCUGCAGGCCCAGGAAGCUGUUCGUGAAGAGGCAGUCCAGGCCCAGGCCCUGGCCCAGGGGGAGCGGCAUCGCAGCGAGAUCACGGCUCUAGAAGGCCGGCUGGCUGACUCUCAGAAAGAGGCUACCAAGCUUCAUCAUCAGCUGCUGAAGCUAAGACAGGAGGUGGGAAUUCUCAGGGCAGCCAGGGACUUCUAUAGGAACCGUGCCGCAGGACCGGUGCGGGCGGGCGGGAACGCUAGCAACAUUAGCAGCAAGGUCAAAUUCAAGACAACAAGGCUCAGAGGUCCGCUACGGCAGUGCAGCGACCGAACAGUCAGCCCCAAUCAAGCCAUCAGCUGGCAAGGCCGCAGCUCCAGUCCCACUAAGGACGAGUGGGAGGACAUGAGCGUAGAUAGUGACAGUGGUGAGGAGUACUCGGACAGUCUCAACAGUGCGCCCUCAGGGACAGCGCCUCACAGACGACAUGCUAACAGGAAGUCCUACAGGUGUUUGCUGAUCUCACACACAGGAGCUCCAGCAGCACAGUCUCGCAGAAAACAACCCACUGUUCGGGCCCAAGAUGAUAAACAGCAUGAGCCCUGGGAACGAGGGACGAGAGGAGAGAAAAUGGAGGUGGAGGAGGAAGAGGAUGCGAUGAAGACCCAGCACUGCUCCUCCUCUUCUCUGCAGCAGCGCAUAGAGUCCCUGCAGCGUCACAUCGACAUACUGCGAGGUGCCAGGAAAGAUGCUGUACUCUCAGCCAAGGAGCUGCGAAGGGCCAAUGAGAAGAUCACGGCACAGCUCGACUCGCUCACCGAGAAGCUCUGCAGCAGCAAGCAGCUCACACAGAAGCUGACCUCUGACCUGGCUGGUGUGGAGCAGCAGAAAAAGGUUCUGGAGAUGGAGCUGGAGCAGUGGAGGCAGAUCACGUUCCCCCAGCAAACUGCACCACCACCACCACCACCAGAGUGUUCCUGCCAGGGCAAAACCAUACCCGCCCCACCUAACCCUGCCCCCCAAGCCCUGGAAGCUGAGGUCAAACAACUUCAAGCCAAACUUAAGAGUGCAAGUACGGAGGUCACAAGGCAGGUGGCGGCUAACAAAGCCCUCCGAGGCCAACUCCAGGAGAAGGAAGACAAGCUCCGCCAGCUGCAGGACAAGGCGAGCCACACAGAGCGAGAUGUGAACAUGAAGAGGCAGCUGGUGGAGGACCUGAAGACGAGGCUGAAGUUCCUGCAGGAGAUGGAGAAAAGUUACAAGGGACAAAUGGAGGAGCUGGAGAAGAAGGUGAAGACUUUAUCAGAGGAGGCCACCAACAGGAAGGCUCUUAUUGAAUCUCUAAAGAGAAGACUGAGUGUGGCAACCACAGAGAAAAACCAGUACGAGGCCUCCUGUACAAAACUAAAAGAGGACCUGGAAAAAAAGGAGCAGCGUGUGCACGCCCUGCAGGCUCGUCUAGGAGCUGGCGAGCAGGCGCUGGCUGCACUGGAACAGACAGCCACUCAGCAAAUGGAGGGGUUGACCCAGCAGAGCUCCCAAGCCUUGGACAGGCUUCAGAGACAGCUAGGCAUGGCCUACUCCCAGCUGGAGCAGCUUCAUUCUUUCAUCAAGGCCCUGGCCAGUGAAAUACUUUUAGACGUUCAAGAGGUCAAGCAGCAGUUGAUGAAGAGGAGGAGGUUGAGGCAGGCCAACGCUGUGGCAGUAAAGGGCAGCCUCUCAGCCAAGUCUAUGAUCAAAGCCAAGUCCAUCGCUGCCUCCAUCCUCAAUAUGUCAGAGAAUGAUCUUGCCGAUAUAAUGGACACUGAUCAGGGAACAGAGACUCGUUCAGAGAGUCCCAGAGACCAGGAGUGGCUGGACCAACUAAACCACAUCCUGCAGCAGAAGAUCCCCUCUGCCGGCCAGCUAAUGGAGGCUGUGCGCGUGAAGAUGAAGGAGAGGAAAGUGCUGACAGAAGAGCUGGCCACGCUCGCAACACCAGUCAGCGAAAAAGCCUGACUCCCUGGGCUGAGGCUGGGAAAACUGUCAUCCUCUUCUUUUUCUCCCUCCCUCACCGGUUCCUGCUCAGUGGGAGCCGGGCUGAGCCAAGCUGAGCCGGGGCAGCAGAACCAAUAUUUGUGAGAAAAGCGCUGUCGACUCACUCUGGGCCACUGGCGCAACACAGCAGCCCGGCUUUUGUAAAUGAGCCCUCGACAUCUGUGUUAGCGCUCAGUGCACUGCGUCUAUCAGACAGGGCCCUUUAGCGCCAAGCUAAUUUACAGUGCAGCCACUCUCAACGCAGACCUGGGGUGAUAAGGCAAAUGCUUACACUAAUGUUUAAGUUUGACUUUUUUUUUUUAACUCUCUUUUACCUCUCCCCCUAAUUUAUUUGGCACCUGAAGGACCUAAGGGUGCAGGGACUUGACCCAGCAAUGCCAAGUCGACACUUUGAGAAAGUCAAGAGUGCAGCACAGAGAAUAUUCACUGAGAGAGGUUAGAGCCAUUUAUCAGACCUGAUUUCUCUCACAGACUCCAUCCAAUGAUGAGUAUUUAUUUCUCAAGUAAUUUAAGUUUAAAAUGACAUAAACUCAUAUGGUUUCUGCUCUGGAAAUAUUUGUUCUGUUGAUGACUUUAACAGACAAUUAUGCUCAUCAGUCGUUUUCUUAUAAAAUCCUCUUCCUUCAUUUCUAAAUAAAAACUCAUUUCUCUUA